AACGUAGUCAUGACGUAGACAGUACGUGGAUCUCAUGCGACUGUUCACGCACCCCACCGGAACAUCAACAAUGGCCGCGGCGAAAGGAACGCACUGGACUGACGACGAGGUGGAAACUUUGCUGGAGAUUUGGGGACAGAACGGCAUUCAGGAGAAACUGGAGAAGACGCACAAGAACGCGGAGGUGUUCGGGCAGAUCAGUGACCAUCUCCGACGCCGUGGGUUUCUGCGGACGGUGGAUCAGUGCCGCGAUAAAGUGAAGAAACUCCGGACCCGGUACAUGAAAACACGCCAGUUGGGCCCUUCGUCCCAUGAGAAGGAUAAAUGUCGGUGGUACGACACUAUCGACAUGAUCAUCGGCAACAAACCGCCCAGCCAGUUCGUGAUUGAGUCGACGGGGUCUUCGAACGAGAACAGAGCGGAUUCUCCGCCAAGCGUGGAAGUGGUGGCCAACAUCAAGGAGGAGGAAGAGGAGGAGGAGGGAGAGGAAGAGGAGGCGGAGGAGGUGGUGGAAGAUAACCUGCCACCGGAGCCUCCACGCAGGAAAAGAAAGCGGCAGAAGGACGGAGGACGACUUGGGGAGUACAAGCGGUUGCUGGAAGAGUUCAACCGCGCAGAAGACAUGCGGCAGGCUAAGGAGGACGCCUCCUUGGAGCGGUGGAUGAAGACGCUGCUGGAGACGGAAGAGAGACACUUUAAGAUGCUGCUGGAGCAUCAAGCUGCAAAUAAUUCCAUGUUUAUAAACUUUAUGCACAUGUUUAUGGAGCGGAUGUCGCCGAACGCGGCCCCUGCUGCUCCCCAAAGCCCGCUCCCAUCCCGGUACAACCCUCCGUCCCCGGGACCCAGUGAGUGGACCGCACAGCUGUCCCCGUCACUCCUCCCAUCAGCUGUCGCACCUAUGAACUCUGCUGCUGCUGCUGCUGCACAAGUAUCGUUUCAGCUUUGUCACAAUGAAGACCACCACACAUAGUUUGUCUUUGGUUGGUUGUUUGUCUGUGUGUGUUCUGGCAGUUUCUACUACAAAAUUAAAAAGCAAUUUGAAAAUAAAGGUCGUAGUUUCAUUU